UGUUUCAACUGCUGAUUGUCGAAAAAAACAAAAAACAAGAGCAGAGGGGCUCGCUCAUAUUCAUUAUGUGAUGUCUCUGAUGCGGAUUGGAGGCACAGUAGCAUUAUGUUAAUGACGGGCAGGCUGUGCAGAAUGAGUAGGUGAUCUCAGCUCCCAGUUAGCACAAAGGGAAAUAAACAUGGCAACAGACUGGAGUGUCUGGCAGGGAUAUACACUAACUUUAAUAGCUUUCAUAUGGUGGAUGGCAGGCACAGGAGCCGAGACGGGGGUCCCGGAGACUGGUAGUCCCACCCGGAUCUUCGGCAUGCGGCUGGAGAGGAGUGACAAGCCGGCCACGACCACCAAUGACGGGGUGAUUCAGGUAACAGAAGAGAGCAACAUCUUCCUGAGGUUCUACGGGCUACAGAUUCUUCCUGACACCUCAUCACAGAUCAGAUUCACCGACCAUGAACAUGAGGAAGGUGAUGUUACCAGCAACAAUACUCCUUUUAACAGGACUUGUGCAGACUAUAGCAAAGAUAUCGUUAUCAGGGGUGGCAUGAACGUGAGCCACCUCCGAACCUGGGGGGUUCUGAGUUUGAAAAUCAAGCCUCUCCGGAAGAGCGAGCUCCAGAAAGAGUAUGGGCUGUGUGUCCAGGAAAGCCAGGAUGGCAAGUGGUACCUGUUGGGUGAGGAUGACGGAAGGCUGCGGGUGGUGGAGGAGAAGAAGUCCAUGCUUCCUAUGUGGUUCCAGUGCAUCCUCAUCUGCUGCCUGCUGGUACUGUCAGGUAUGUUCAGCGGGCUCAACCUGGGACUCAUGGCCCUGGAUCCUAUGGAGCUCCGGAUAGUCCAGAGCUGCGGUACCGAGAAGGAGAAGAGGUACGCCAGCAAGAUUGAUCCCAUUCGGAGGAAAGGGAACUAUCUGCUAUGCUCGUUGCUCCUAGGUAAUGUGCUUGUCAACACAACUCUCACUAUCCUUCUGGAUGACUUGAUAGGGUCAGGCCUGGGUGCUGUGGUCGCCUCCACUAUAAGUAUUGUCAUAUUUGGGGAGAUUGUGCCCCAGGCUCUGUGCUCUCGCCACGGGUUGGCUGUAGGAGCCAACACUAUCAUGGUGACCAAGUUCUUCAUGUUGGUCACCUUCCCCCUGUCAUGGCCUAUCAGUAAACUCCUGGACUGUGUCCUGGGCCAGGAGAUUGGUACUGUGUACAACCGGGAGAAGCUAGUGGAGAUGUUGAGGGUGACAGAACCAUACAAUGACCUGGUCAAAGAGGAGCUAAACAUGAUCCAAGGUGCGCUCGAGCUCAGGACCAAAACCGUUCAAGAUGUCAUGACACCGAUCAGUAACUCCUUCAUGAUCCACAGCGACGCUGUGCUAGACUUCAACACCAUGUCAGAGAUCAUGGAGAGCGGGUACACACGCAUACCGGUGUUCGAGCACGAGUGGUCGAACAUUGUGGAUAUCAUGUUUGUCAAGGACCUGGCUUUCGUUGACCCGGAUGACUGUACGACGCUGAAGACUAUCACCAAGUUCUACAACCACACAGUCCACUUCGUGUUCCAUGAUACCAAGCUGGAUUCCAUGUUGGAGGAGUUCAAGAAAGGUAAGUCCCACCUGGCCAUUGUUCAGAAGGUGAAUGAUGAGGGGGAGGGGGAUCCAUUCUACGAGGUGCUGGGAUUGGUCACCCUGGAAGACGUCAUCGAGGAGAUCAUCAAAUCAGAGAUCUUGGAUGAGUCUGACCUCUACACUGACAACAGCAGAAACAGGAAAAAGGUGGCACCCAAUAAGAACAAGAGGAACUUCUCUGCCUUCAAACAGAGCGAGAGCGAAUCCAAAGUCAAGAUCUCCCCUCAACUGCUAUUGGCCGCUCACCGCUUCCUGACUACAGAGGUGACGUUGUUCAGCCCGUCCCAGAUCUCAGACAAGGUUCUGUUGAGGAUUUUAAGACACCCAGACGUCAUCCAGGAGAUCAAGUUUAAUGACAGUGACAAACGCUGUCCUCAACACUAUGUCUACCAGAGAAGGAAGGCAGUUGACUACUUCAUACUCAUAUUGCAGGGGCGAGUGGAAGUGGAGGCCGGGAACGAAAACAUGAAGUUUGAGACAGGACCAUUCUCCUUCUACGGUGUCAUGGCCCUCAGUGCUCCCACGUUAGGGUUCCGCUGUCCGUCACACAUCAGUGGUUUGAACAGGACAGCAUCUCUGAGCGCUGAAGAUAGUACAGCGUCUCUGUCUGUCAGCGGCAGCAAUAGCCAGCUCAUUACUCCGUUCACUAUCCCCUCACCAACAUACACCCCCGACUUUUACGUACGAGCUCUCACAGACCUGCAGUUUGUCAAGAUCUCGCAGGCCCAGUACCAAAACGGUGUGAUGUCGUCUCGUCAGGACUCCAUCCCCCAGUCACCUGACUUCGGCCAGCCUCGACUGGAGGGUACCACGUCCCCCGUUUUGACCACCACUCCCGGCAAACUAUCUUCCGACACUCCCAACCCAACUCCCACCCCGGAGACCGCCUCCCUUCUGGCCGACGAGACCACCUCCCUCCUCAAUGAGCAGGACUGUCUGCCCCACAACCUGUCAGAGACCAGCAUAUAACACACACACACAGACAAUAGUACACAUACCUAUAUAUGUGCGUAUACACACAACCAAGGACUGAGGAGACUGUGUGUGGGCGCGAACAUCCAUACACACACACAAGCUGAUGUUGAACAGCAUGAGCGAUACAGGUGUAGAUCCUGAGUUAAAUAAGCAAUUAAAAUCCCAUCAAGCUUAGGGUCAUGUAUAAAAAUGCUGGGCAGGCCAUUAUUUUGGCUACCAUGGCUAUGCCACCAUAGGGAGACAAUCCCCCAUCCACAGGGCACAAGUUGUCACUGAAUUAUUUGCUUAGCAUGAAAACAAUGUAAACCAUAUGCCAUGGCCUUCUCAGUCACCAGGUCUCAACCCAAUUGAACACUUUUGGGAAAUUCUGGAGCGAUCCCUGAGACUGCGUUUUCCACCACCAUCAAUGCUAAAUGAUGGGAUUUCUUGUAGAAGAAUGGUCUCACAUCCCACCAACAGAGUUCCAGACACUUGUAGAAUCUAAGCGGUUCUGGCUCGUGGUGGCCAAAUACCCUAUUAAGCCACUUUGUUGGGAUUUCCUUUAUUUUGGCAGUUACGUUUAUGUACAUGUGCAAAAACACACAGACAUACACACAUCCUAACUGGAAAAAAGUAUAGUUGUUUCAACUAAUUAUAAUAAAGAAACUAGUUCCACACUUUUUUUUUGUUUACUCAACUAUUUGAUCAGUGUUACCUGAACUUACAAUUUUUAGUUGAACCAAUCUUGGCUUCAACUUGAGAACUUUCAGUCAACUUAAAAUGUUGUGGAACUAGUUACACACAGACAGUGCUUUUGACAUUCAAUAAUUUCAACGUACAUGUUUAACACAAAGUACAUGAUCAUUUAUACAGCAAUUAUUAUUCAACAUGUAUGUACCUGGGAUUUGAACUCACAACCGCUUGGUUCAAGGCAUACUGAGCUUCCUGCUGCACCACCAUGUCUGUGUCAAUGACUGAUUUCAGCUGUAUUGCUACACUUUGCACUUCAAAGUAAAUAUCAGAUCUGUCAAAAGUAUAGUUGGAUUAAAUGAGAAUUGAUACAGACAUGGUGGCAUAGCAGGACGAUCGGCAUGCUGUGAACCAAAAGAUAUGGUGCAUAAUCACUGUAUAAAUGACCAUGCACAAAGUAAUAAUGUACACUGAGUGUACAAACAUUAGCAACACCUUCCUAAUAUUGAGUUGCACCCCCUUUUGACCUCAGAAAAGCCUCAAUUUGUCAGUGCAUGGACUCUACAAGGUAUUUGUAUUUAUUAUGAUCCACAUUAGCAAAAUCCAAGGCAAAAUUAAGGCAGUUAUAUAAUUUUGUAUAAAAAUACAUUCAUUACAGAAUUCACAACAUACUAAGUGUGUGCCCUCAGGCCCACACUCCACUGUCAUAUCUACAAUGCAAAAUCCAUGUGUACGUCUUUUUAUAGUGCGUAUGUUAUGUGUUUGUAUGCAUGUAUCUGUGCUUAUGUUUGUGUUACUUCAUAGUCCCCGCUGUUCCAUAAGGUGUAUAUUUACCUGCUUUUUAAAUCUGAUUCUACUGCUUGCAUCAGUUACCUGAUGUGGAAUAGAGUUCCAUGUAGUACUUGUGCGCCUCCUAUAGUCUGUUCUGGACUUGGGGACUGUGAAGAGACCUCUGGUGGCAUGUCUUGUGGGGUAUGCAUGUGUGUCCGAGCUGUGUGCUAACAUUGGACCUGGUUGGUUAGUUCCCAGCACUGUGGCUAGGCUGGACAAACAGAAGAGUCCAAAUUCACCCAAGGCUGAAAAAUGGCAAAAGAACGUUGGUUAAGCUGGAACACUAGUGCAAGCCCAUAGAAAGUUAAUGGAAUCGAACAUUCAGUCUGUUUUGACUGGAGUGACGCUUCGAAUUACAUUUCGCCCCUAAAUGGCACCAAAAAAUGUAUCCCUUUUUAUUUGACCACUACAAUCUGUUCUUAGGACGAAACUGAAAAAUAACUUGUGUAGAAAGUAAACAUCCGAACCUCGAUGGUGCCAAGUGUGCUUAUGUCUGCAUAAUUAGGAAGUAGGAAAAAAAUGGCAACUUCUGACUAUUUCUGUUCUAGCGUUUGAUGGCAACGGAAUACGUGUCCGACUUGAAAAAAAUCAGAAUAUACACAUUGUGAAAUAUACCAGCGUGCAUCUCCAUAGGAAAACAAUGGGGGGAGCUCAGAAUUCCAAGGGCGAAAGGUAUUUCGUGGCCUCUGAUGACAACAGAAUGUCAUGUGUCCAGCCUACUGAGGCAUUGUUGCCACUUUGGUUAUUGUUGUUUAGCUAGCUAACGUUAGCUGGCUGGCUCUUUAGCUAACUUUGUGACAUGUGUGAUCGUAAACGUUGUUUACCUAGCUAGGUUCAUUGUUUACCUAGAUAGCUAGCUAUGUCUUAAUUAAGCUAAAGUAUACUGUUAGGUGGCUGGCUCCCUAGCGGACGUUAUUAUUCAUUCCCCAGAGAGGUUUGCUUUUCUAGUUAGAGCCUAAUGUUAGGCAGUGUUGGCACUUUGUUCAUUGUUGUUUUAACAAGCUAACAUUACGUGACGUGUGUACAUCCCCCGUUGAAUAUGGCCGGUAUCAGUAAACGUCUGCAAAAAAGCGUAAUGAAAUUGUUGCCAGCAGCGCUGGUUAGUCUGUUUUUCAUGUUAUCCAGAGGUAAAACAAAUCAUCGGCCAGAUCAUGAAGAGCGAAACGAGAUGGGUGAGGCUAAAGCUUAAGUGUGAACGAUGCUGAAUGGGUGUCGACAAAGAGCUCUCCACUAGAUACCAAAACAUUCAAAGGCGAUUUUCUCAAAAGCAGAAUUACUGUCCCAUUGUUCCUCAAAUGCAGUGUAUGAUAUACCAUUUUGUGGCUCUGAGUCUCUACUUUUAUCCAAUGUAACGCCAGUGGCUUGUCAUUGUUGAUAGACAACCAUUUUUUCACCUCUUCCACACUGACUUUACGGAAUUCAAAAGUACAAUUCUUGUCUUUCAUAAUUUGGUCAGAUAUACUUGGAUGUGUAGUAUCAGCGUUUGUUGCUGGCAUAUCAUACCUAAAUGUGUUUAUCUUGCCAAUGAAAAAGUCAAAGUAGUUGGCAAUAUCAGUGUGUUUUGUGAUAAAUUAGCUAUCUGAUUCAAUGAAUGAUGGCGCCGAGUUGGCUUGUCCGCCCAAAAUGUAAUUUAAGGUGCUCCAAAGCUUUUUACUAUCAUUAUUUAUAUAAUUUGUUUCAUAGUAGUAUAUUUUUAUUUAGCUUAAUCACGUGAUUUCUUAAUUUGCAGUACGUUUGCCAAUCAGUUGGGCUGCCAGACUUAUUUGCCAUACCUUUUGCCUCAUUCCUCUCAACCAUACCAUUUUUUUUAAACUGUUCCACAAGGAUGCUAGCCCAUGUUGAAAGGCAAUUCAAGCUUUUGUCUUACCCAUUCACCCUCUGAAUGGCAUGCAUACACAAUCCAUGUCUCAAGGCUUAAAACUCUUCCCUUAACCUUUCUCUUCCCCUUCAUAUACACCCUUCAUGAUUGAUGUGGAUUUAACAGGUGACAUCGAUAAGGGAUCAUAGCUUUCACCUGGUCAGUCUGUCAUGGAAAGAGCAGGUGUUCCUAAUGUUUUGUACACUCAGUGUAGAGUCCAGUUUUGGUUCCAGGAUCAAUGUUAACACUUGUUAUUUUAAAGGAGGUGUGAGUGUUGGCCUACCAUUCCAGCGCAAAGAUAUUACAGAGAAUAUAUCCAUUUGGUGACUGUUCUUUUUGGAAUCUGCAGUUAGUUGUACUGUGUUUGAUUUACAAAACAUUGAUAAAUUGAGAGGAAAUAUAAAGUGAUUAUUUGGUUAAAAAAUGUUGUGCAUUUGGACCACUACUAUAGAUUUGGUACAUUGUUAAUGUUUUGUACACUCAGCGCAUGUCAACCUGUGUCAAAUAAUCUAUGUUAAAAACGUUGUAUGAGGAUCCGCCCCUUUUUUCCAAUUUUUGCCUAAAAUGACAUACCCAAAUGACAUAUCCUUGCUUCAGCUCAGGCCCUGAAGCAAGGAUAUGCAUAUUCUUGGUACCAUUUGAAAGGAAACACUUUAAAGUUUGUUAAAAUGUUAAUUGAAUGUAGGAGAAUGGACCUGGUAAAAGAUAAUACAAAGAAAAAACUAUUUAUAACAUUUUUGAAAUGCAAGAGAAUGGCCCUAGUGUAUCAUUCCAGCCCAGGUGCAAAUUAGAUUCUGGCCACUAGAUGGCAACAGUGUAUGUGCAACGUUUUAGACAAAUGCAAUGGUUCAUUGGAUCAAUGUUCACAUUUUUGUAUCAAGACUGAAUAAAUGUGCCUAAUUUGUUUAUUAAUAACUUUUCAUGUUAAAAAUGGUGCACUCUACUCAAACUAUAGCAUGGCAUUAUUUCACUGUAAUAGCUACUGUAAAUUGGACAGUUAGAUUAACAAGAAUAUAAGCUUUCUGCCAAUAUCAGAUAUGUCUAUUUCCUGUGAAAUGUUCUUGUUACUUACAACCUCAUGCUAAUCACAUUAGCCUACGUUAGCUCAACUGUCCCGUAGACGGGACACCGAUCCCAAAGAAGUUUUAAAAGCACUGUGUGUGUAACCAGCUGAAAGCUUUUUUUGUUAAGAUGCCCAAAUAAUAGUUGAAUGAACAUAUGAGACAAAUUGAGCAAACACAAUUUUAUGUUGACUGAAUUAUUGCCUGAGUUUGGGCCAAUCAUUUUUUUUAAGUUAAAAAAGGCUGUGGAACCAGUUACUUUAUAAUAAUUUGUUGAAACUACUUUUUUUUUUUUUUUUUUUUUACAGUGCUGACAUAAUGCCAUUCUGACUUUAACCCAUUUCAAAUGUCAACCCUGUGGCUGGUAAUGAGGGACAUCAUCAGCUAGCCCCCAACCGUCUUCUCCAGCAUGGCAAUUUCUCCCCAAAAUAUGAGUCUAAUUUUGGCCAAGGGAUCCAUGGAAUAAUUUUUGAGGGUGUAAUACAAUACAAUGUAAUAUUUUUAAUCUACAAUAUGUUCUUAAACAUGGGCCUUGGAGCCUCACAGGGAUAUUGGUAUCCAAAGUACUCCUUUUCGUAAUCCCCCAAAUAUUUUUGGGGAACAUAAAUGCACUGUAACAAAGUUCUCUGCCACAUGACAAAAUGUGUAGAAUUGCAGGAAAUGAACUCAUACUGCAAAAUUCUCUCCAUUGCCAAGUGGCGGGCCUUUAAAAUGUUCCUUCUCAGGGCCCGAGACAUGGUUCGUCCGGCGAUGCACUGCAAAAGCCCUAGUAAAUGUCCUUGUAUGCAAUGUUUAAUCUCACUCAAGUUGUUUUCUAAUUAUCAGGUGGUUCCUUAUGAAUAAACUAUCCCAAAACGUU